AUGUCUUUGUCUCGUCCCGUAGACCAGUUGAUUGUCAUUUUCGCGUUCACACAGGAAACAUAUGAACUGUUCGUCGUAUUUGAUGUAGCACAGCCUUUUUUUUAUCGGUGUGGAAAGUUGAAUCUAGACACUCCUGGCACACCUCGAAGAGAUUGCCGACUCCUACUGAUUCGAUGGGCGAGUACAAGAGAAGAAAUUCAACAGCAUGUGAAAGCAAAGACUGGCACGGCGACAUACGACAGAAAUAUAUUGUUGUUAUGUGUAAUGUGUGUGAGUAUUAUUGCCGAGAUAAGUGUAUGA